GAACACUGCUGCAGCUUGGAUCUUAAAACCAAAGAAAGCAAGAGUGAUCAAUCCCAGCUCUGUUAAACAUCUUGUUUAUUUACUGCAUUCAGCAGCUUGCAAAUGGUUAACUAUAUGCAGAAAAGUCAGCAUAGCUGCGAAGUAUGCCGUGAAUUUUAAUUGGGGGAAAAAAAAAGGACAACCGCUUCAGGAUGAUCUAGUAUGCACUCUGCCUGAAAUAUUUUCAUUGAAAUGCUCAGCAUUUUGUCUUUAGUCAGAGGUUUUAACUUUAUGAAACUAUGGGACUUGCCAAAAGUGACAUUUAAGAAGAAAGUAGGCAGUGACUGGUAUUUUCUGCUUUCAUAAAGAAACUGAAUUACUUUGAACAUCUCUUCCAGCUGUGCAUUACAGAUAACGUCAGGAAGAGUCUUUGCUGUGCAGAAUCAUAUUUCAUCACAUGAAAACAUGAAGCUGUGGAUUCAUCUCUUAUAUUCAGCUCUCCUUGCUUGUGUAUCUUUACAGUCCCAGUCUCCACUCUCCUCAGCCAGAGGUUCUUGUGAAUCUCUUUGCAAUUGUGAGGAAAAAGAUGGCACAAUCCUAAUUAAUUGUGAAGAAAAAGGUAUCAAGAAGUUAUCCCAAAUAAGUGUGCCACCAUCACGACCUUUCCACCUAAGUUUAUUAAAUAAUGGCUUGACAAGACUUCACACAAAUGACUUUUCUGGCUUUACCAAUGCUAUCCUGAUACACCUUGGAUUCAACAACAUUGCAGAUAUUGAGAGUGGUGCAUUUAAUGGCCUUGGUCUUCUUAAGCAGCUCCAUAUCAAUCACAAUUCUUUAGAAAUUCUUAAAGAGGAUACCUUUCAUGGACUGGAAAACCUGGAAUUCCUACAAGCAGAUAACAAUUUUAUUACUGUGAUUGAACCAAGUGCCUUUAGCAAGCUCAACAGACUUAAAGUGUUAAUUUUAAAUGACAAUGCUAUUGAGAGUCUUCCUCCAAACAUAUUUCGAUUUGUUCCUUUAACCCAUCUAGAUCUUCGUGGGAAUCAGUUGCAAACAUUGCCAUACGUUGGGUUUUUGGAACACAUUGGCCGAAUACUGGAUCUCCAGUUGGAGGACAAUAAGUGGGCUUGCAAUUGUGACUUACUGCAGCUAAAAAUUUGGUUGGAAAACAUGCCUCGGCAGUCUAUAAUUGGUGAUGUUGUAUGCAACAGCCCUCAAAUUUUCAAAGGAAGCAUACUAAGCAGACUAAAAAGGGAAUCUAUUUGCCCCACUCCACCAGUCUAUGAAGAACAUGAGGAUCCUUCAGGAUCAUUACACUUGGCAGUGACAUCUUCAAUAAGUGACAAUCACAGAUCAACCAAGACCAUAUCUCUUGUAAAACCACCCACCAAAGCACCAGGUUUGAUACCUUAUGUUACAAAACCAUCCACUCAACUUCCAGGACCCUACUGUCCUAUUCCUUGUAACUGCAAACUACUAUCCCCAUCAGGACUUCUAAUACACUGUCAAGAGCGGAACAUUGAAAGUUUGUCAGAUCUAAAACCUCCUCCACAAAAUCCUAGAAAACUUAUUCUAGCAGGGAAUAUUAUUCAUACUUUAAUGAAAUCUGAUCUCGUGGAAUAUUUCACUUUGGAAAUGCUUCACUUGGGAAACAACCGUAUUGAAGUUCUUGAAGAAGGAUCAUUUAUGAACAUAACAAGACUACAAAAGCUCUAUCUAAAUGGUAACCAUCUGACUAAAUUAACUAGAGGCAUGUUCCUUGGUCUCCACAAUCUUGAGUAUUUAUAUCUUGAAUACAAUGCUCUUAAAGAAAUACUACCAGGAACCUUUAAUCCAAUGCCUAAACUUAAAGUCCUCUAUUUGAACAACAACCUCCUACAAGUUUUGCCACCACAUAUUUUUGCAGGGGUUCCUCUAACUAGGAUAAAUCUUAAAGCAAAUCAAUUUUCCCAUCUACCUGUAAGUAACAUCUUGGAUGACCUUGAUUUACUGACCCAGAUUGAACUUGAGGACAACCCCUGGGACUGCUCCUGUGAUCUGGUUGGAUUACAGCAAUGGAUACAGAAAUUAAGCAAGAACACAGUGACAGAUGACAUCCUCUGCACCUCCCCAGUGCAUCUAGACAAAAAAGAAUUAAAAACCCUAAAUAGUGAACUUCUUUGCCCAGGUUUAGUAAAUAACCCAUCUCUGCCAUCUCAGCCUAGUUACAUAAUUGUCACCACUCCUACAUCUGCGACAAAUACAGCUGAAACCAUUUUACGAUCUCUCACUGAUGCUGUACCACUAUCUGUUUUAAUAUUAGGACUGCUUAUUGUGUUCAUAACUAUUGUGUUCUGUGCUGCAGGGAUAGUGGUUCUUGUUCUCCACCGUAGGAGAAGAUACAAAAAGAAGCAAGUAGAUGAGCAGCUGAGAGACAACAGUCCUGUGCAUCUUCAGUAUAGCAUGUAUGGUCAUAAAACAACUCACCACAUGACCGAAAGACCGACUGCAUCACUCUAUGAACAGCAUAUGGUGAGCCCCAUGGUUCACGUCUAUAGAAGUCCAUCCUUUGGCCCAAAGCAUUUGGAAGAGGAAGAAGAAAGAAAUGAGAAAGAGGGAAAUGAUGCAAAACAUCUCCAAAGAAGUCUUUUAGAACGAGAAAACCAUUCACCACUCACUGGGUCAAAUAUGAAGUACAAAACCACAGACCAAUCAACUGAAUUUUUGCCCUUCCGGGAUGCCAGUUCCUUAUACAGGAACAUUUUAGAGAAAGAAAGAGAACUUCAACAACUGGGAAUCACAGAAUACUUAAGGAAAAACCUUGCUCAGCUCCAGCCUGAGGUGGAUGUGCAUUAUCCUGGAGCCCACGAGGAGUUAAAAUUAAUGGAGACACUAAUGUACUCAAGGCCAAGGAAGGUAUUAGUGGAACAGACUAAAAAUGAGUAUUUUGAGCUCAAAGCUAACUUACAUGCUGAACCUGACUAUUUAGAAGUCCUGGAGCAGCAAACAUAGAGUUUGAGAACUUUUGCAGAAAUGCUGUGAUUCUGUCUGGGGUCCAAACCUUGUAAAUAAGUGCCUUAUAUGAGUGUGUCAUCAAUCAGAACUUAAGCACAGCAGGAAUCCUAUAGGAAAGAAAAGAAGAAAAAGAAACUCAGGGAUCACUGGGAGAAGCCAUUGCAUUGUCUUCAGGCAAUUUAGUCUGCCCCCAAUGAAAUGAAUCCUUGCAUGCAAAUCAUUCAAGGAUUAUAGUAAUAUUUCUCCAUGCACUCACAAGUGUUUCAUAGAAGUCCUCUUGCACCUCUAAAAGGGUUGAACAUUCAAGCAACCCUAAUUUUCUUGAAUUACUUUUACCCAUGGACUAAAUACAAUUGGAUGUCAUCAUUUAAAAGUAUGCCUGUAUAUAUAGUUAGGAUAUGUAAGGAAAAUAUGGUUUAUAUAGACAGUAUAAGUACUGCAAAAAUGUACAUUGUCAAAUGCACCUAAUUUUCAUGCAAUAAAUGCAAAAGGAACUGGAAUUUGAAGAUGGAAGGUUGUAGUUAUAUAUGCUAUAAGUCACCCUAAACUUUGAGUAUUUGAAGAGUAAGCAGAGUCACUGCUAUGGUUUCUGAAAUUAAAGAGUAAAAUGAUUAAUAGUUCAGGUGGAAUAAAUAAGCAAAACUUUUGUUUUUUCUGCACAUUUUGUGUGGACAUUCCUAUUGUCAUUGCUGCUGUGAAUUAAGGUAUGCUAUUCGUGCUCAAAGUUUAAUUCUUCUUGGGAUAUUUUUAAAAUGCUACUGAGAUUCAACUGUACGUAUAAUUAGUGCAACUAUUUAGUUUUGUCUCUUUUGUAACAUUAAUCCUUUGUAAAUUUGAAUGGCCAUUAUAGAAAUAAGUUUCAGUGGCAAGUAAUUCAUUCACCAGUGUAAAACAAAUAAGGAAAACUUAUUUUUUAUUGAUGUAUUCUGAUGGUUGCCAUAAAUUAGUAGCAAAAAGGCACUUCUGAGGAUAAGUGGUUUAAGUUGCCUCAAGAGUGGACAAUGUAGCUUUAUUUUGCAAGAAAGUAUAGCUAGAUUUCUAUGAACUAUUUAUUCUGUGCAGUUAUGUAUAUUUUUGGUUCACAAAAGUAAUUAUUCUUGGGUGCCUUUCAAGAAAAUUAAAACACUGCUCACUACAAUAAAACUAAA